ACUACAAGCGCCUUUGGCUCACCUGCUGAACACUUACCAAGCAACAUUUGUCCUCGUGGUCUUCGGUCCAAUUUAUCCGCGACUUGCCCCCCCGCAUUUUGCACUUGACCUCUAGCAACCAACCGCAGCUUCGAAGAAUAUUGCCGGCCCUAACAAACCGAGGCUGGACUUGAUCUGCUAUACACCGACAUUCAUCAAAUCUAUUCGGAAUUAAUCGCACAUCAUGUCUCUCGCACGCGCCAUGACCAAGCGCAUGAAGCGCAGCGCCGCACCUGAGGAAGCCAUGCCACGCAGCAAGAGCGUCAAGAACCCAACUCUACACAUCGACCGCAACCAGAUUUCGCUGCCCGUUGCUCUGCUCUCGACAACAAACACGCUGGUCUACGACGCCCCGGAUCUCGCCACCAUGGACUUCUCUGCCCGGCGUGAUGCCUCCUUCAAGUCUGCAAAGUCCACCCACUCCGCCGACGACUCCGACCACAGCAUCUCCGGCCGCUCGCGGGCCUCGUCGCAGGUCUCGCGCGACACACUAACAGAUGCCUCAUCCGUGGAGUCGUCGCCCACCUCACCAUCCCCGAACCACCUCUCCGGCUACUUCCCGUCACCUUCCGGCAACGGCAAAGUCGUCCGCAAAUCAGCCUCCACCAACUCGCUCAGCCAACUCCGGGAGCACCCCAGCGAGCCCACAGAGCCCGUCCCCGCAAUCCCCACGCGUGCCGUGUCCCACAGCAAGCGCGCGCACGUGCAGCUCGCGCAGAAGCGCAGCAUGCAAAACCUGCCAUCGCGGGGCACCAGCGUCAGCUCGCGGGGCUCGCUCGGCUCACUGCGCGAACAGCGCAAGUCCGUGGACAUGUUCAACAUUGAGUCCGUGAGCGAGGAGCCCGCGGCGCACCCAUUCGGCGCGGAGCUGGAGCAGCUCAACGAGGUGGCCGAGGAGUUCAGCGGGGUUGCGCGGUCGGUCGAGGAGCAGGCCGACGUGGACGCGAUGCGGCAGCGCAACCUGGCGAUGUUCUGCGCCGCCGACUAUCUUGCGGAGAUCCAGCCGCUGUUCAGCGCAAUGGUGGCGCCGCGCAUGGCGUGGAUUUGAGAGCUUCAACUGUGGAGCCGCGAUUCCACCCCUCCUUCGUGUUCCCCGCAACGGCCCUCUUUUCCUAGCAGCGAUACCUCUAGACCCAUCUUUCAUUGUGUAUAUUAGCCCGACGGCACAUACCACCGUCCGCGCGCCUUCUCACUCUCCUUCAUAAUCUCUAUUCACCAUUUUCUUCAGCCCUCGGGCAUCUCGGAUCUUGCUUGCGGCUUCUUUUCCCCGUGGCGUUGGAUACUUCAAAACACUG